AACAGUAUAAAUACUGUAUUUAGAGGGGAUUGUAGAGAGUAGCGUAGCCGUACCGUAGCAACGUUGCUUUCGCUGUACUUCAAAUGGCUGAGAAGCAAUCUCAGAGACAGAAGAAUCACAGAAACACAGAGAAACAAACAAAGAGAGAGAAAAGAAAGAAAGAUAAAAGAAGGGAGAUAGAGAGAGAGAUUGACCGCCAUUGAAGCACCUCUUACAAUAAUCACAUAACAAACUCAACAAAAACUUUUCCAUGAACACAUUCCCCAAUACUCAUUCCCAUUUUUUUCAAUUCCACCAUUUCCUUAACUGAAUGCUUAGCUUCAAAGCCAUCACGCCUCAAAACUCGUCAAAUUAGUCAACUCUGAACGUCCAUUUGACCUAGAAUUCGACGCUUUUUACAGUGUUUUGAUUCGGUUUUCUUAGCUCAAUGGAGCAAGCCACAGGAGUGCUGCGUGGAUCCACUCACGACGACGUCGUAUUAGAGUCAAUUCAAUUCAACGAAGAAAUCCGGGGAAUCAUGGCGCCCGCGCCCGCGCCGGAAAACGCCAGCUCAUUCACCGCGCUGCUCGAGCUACCGCCGACGCAGGCCGUUGAGCUCCUCCAUUCUCCUGAUUGCCCGGCCGCUGCUCGGGAACCGCCGUGCCAUGUUAGCACCAACCAAAAACCCUACCUUCUUUGCUCCUACGGCGGCAAUUUGACCUUCCCUUCCAACGCCGCGCUGAUAGAACGCGCCGCCAAGUUCUCCGUCUUCGCUGGCGAGAACUCGCCGCCGGAGGAUGCGGCGCGCCUGGCUCCAGUAGCUGUAUCCGGCGUGGUGAAGAAUGAGCCGCAGGAAACCGACUCGAACCCCAGCUCCACGCAGGGUUGCGUUUCGGAUCCCGCUGUUGAUACCAAGAAUCAGAAGACCGCGAAGAGGAAGGAGCGAGAGAAGAAGGUUCGAGUUCGUCGAGGUCAAGCCACAGAUAGCCAUAGCUUAGCAGAAAGGGCAAGGAGAGAGAAGAUAAACGCUCGGAUGAAGCUUUUGCAAGAGCUGGUCCCCGGUUGCAACAAGAUAUCAGGAACGGCCUUGGUUCUGGAUGAAAUUAUCAACCACGUGCAAUCUCUACAGCGUCAAGUGGAGUUCUUAUCAAUGAAAUUAGCAGCUGUUAAUCCAAGAAUUGAUUUCAGCCUGGAUAGCUUGCUGGCUACUGAUGGGUCAUCUGUAAUGGACAGCAACUUAACUAGCAUGGCUUCACCUGUUAUGUGGCCAGAAAACCUAGCCAAUGGUAACAGACAGCAUUUUCAACAACAGUGGCAAUUUGAUGCAUUCCACCAACCACUUUGGGGGAGGGAAGAAGCCAACCAUAAUUUCAUGACUCCAGAACACUCACUUCUGAGUUAUGACUCGUCUGCUAAUUCAGCAUCUCUGCAGUCAAAUCAAUUGAAGAUGGAGCUCUGAGAACGUACAGAAGUUGUGGCACCGUUAGCUAUUAUUAGCCUAGUAGUGUAUAUAUCAAAUAUAGGCAGUUAGAAACCAGAAUUUUCGUCUGCCAGAAAGGAAGAAGAAUUGGUGUGCUAUUCCUUAAUAUAAUUUCUAUUACUAUCUAUAUAUUCUAUACUAACUACAGGGGUCAUUCAGUCUAUAUCAAUUGAUUGAUUGAUUCAGAUUGUAAAAUCAUAGAACGGACUAUUAGUAAUUACUGAACUUUAAUAGGAGUGAGUUGCUUUGUUUCAUUUAAUGCUGCUAAGAUGAUUGGCUCUUUGUUAGAAUUUUGUUGAAAAAUCUACUCUAAUUUUUAACUACUUGUGGUGAUUUUUUUUUCUCCAA